AUGUACUGCGAAUACUGGCUACUGUUUGAAAACGUGUGUUAUGCCAUUACAUCUGUCAUUGGCCCUUUCUUAAGCGCCUUGUUACUGUACGUUAUUUACUGUACACGCAAGAACGUUCUUAAGAACUACCAAGCAAUCAUAGUGCUGUAUUGUAUUCACGACAUCUUCUACGAGGUGUUUUGCAUUGCUUCUCAUUGGGUAUGUUGUGUAGUGGCUUUUUGAAGUUUGAAUAAGAUAUAUGAUAGUAAGGUAAGGCUAAGAUAAGGCUAGUUAUUGUAAGUUAAGGUUAGGAUAGGAAUAGAAAAAGGCUAGAGUAAGACUAUAGUGAAGUUAGGACAGAGCUAAGCCAGGGCUUGACCUAAGGCUAGAACAAGACUAAAACAGAACUAGAUUAAGGCUACUGCAAGGCUAAAGCAGAGCUAAAGCAGAGCUAACGCAAGGCUGAAGCAGAGCUACAGCAGACCGAGGGCAAGUUUAAAGCAGGGCUAGGGCUAGAGCUAAGACUAGGGCUCUGGGCUAGGGCUCUGGGCUAAGGCUAUGUGUUACAUUAGUUUAUAACACAUUUUAGACCACAAACAUCAAGAGCGGUCUGUUGAUUAUGGGAGUAGCACUAGGCAAAGAUGAACCUUACUACGUAGUGUUCUUCAUCGGCAUGUAUUCGUACACUAUGUAUAUGCUCAUGUUUAUGCUAGUGGUUAGCUGUCAUUGUCGAUACAAGUUGGUUUCUGAGUAAGUUUGUUUUAGUUGUAACUUAAAUUUAGCUUUUUUAAGUUUUUAAAAAACAAAAAAAAGUCUUGUCGUUAUUUUGCACAGCAGUUAAUAGUCAAAAACGACAAAACUUUUUUGAUGGCUUAACAUUGUUGUUGAUGGUUCAACUUAAUAUAAAGGCUGGUAUUUUGAUGUUAAAUACUAUACAAGAUGCUUUUUAGUCCAAACAAUGGUGGAAGACAAUGGGUAUUCUCGUAUGUUUUGGCAACUUGCAUGUCCGUUGGUUUGGCAGCCGGAACAUCGUACCUAUUAAACAAGGAGAAAAUGUUAUUGCCGCUGAAUGAACGACAAGAGUUGUGUUUCGAUGACCGGAUUAGUAGUUUUAUUCAAAUUGAUACGGUACGUGUAGUAAUUAAUUUAGUAAUUGACUAUAUGUACAAAAAAUAA